AUGAAUUACCUGCGUCGCCGCCUAUCCGAUAGUACAUUCAUCUCAAAUCUGCCUAAUGGCUACAUGACCGAUCUGCAGAAGCCGGACCCUCCGCAACCUCCCCCUCAAUCAGCAGGUCCCGCCACCUCCCCGACACCGGAGCGGAGACCCCAGCCAGGUGUCCAGUCGACUGGGACUGGUUUCUUCAGCUCCAUCACUAACGUGGUGAAGCAGACAGCAGCUUCUGCAGGAUUAGUUGAGCAGACCUCUGUGCCUGUAUCUAAGAAGUUCAAGAUUCUUCUCGUUAUUGACGAGCCUCAACAAGAAUGGGUCAAAUUGUUCAGAGGGAGGAAGCUGCAGGAUGAUUAUGACAUUAAAGUGGAGCAGGCUGAGUUUUGUGAUAUUAAUGUUGUGUCACAUGCUAAUGGGAGUUGCAACGUGGCUUUGCAAGUGAUGCGGAAUGGAACCAAGGUGGUCAGAUCAUUCAAGCCUGACUUUGUUCUCAUUCGCCAGCAUGCUUUCAGCAUGACAGAAAAUGAGGAUUUUCGUAACUUGAUCAUUGGACUGCAGUAUGCAGGCAUUCCCAGCAUAAACUCUCUCGAAUCUAUCUACAACCUCUGUGACAAACCCUGGGCGUUUGCACAGUUGAUCAGCACAUACAAGAAGCUUGGUCCAGAGAAAUUCCCCUUGAUUGAGCAGACGUUUUAUCCAAACUAUAAAGAAAUGGUAACCAUGCCAACAUUUCCUGUCGUGAUCAAAAUCGGACAUGCUCACUCUGGUGUGGGGAAGGUGAGAGCGGAAAACCACAGCAAGUUUCAGGACAUUGCUAGUGUGGUUGCUCUUACGAAGACCUACACCACCUCAGAGCCCUUUAUUGAGUCCAAAUAUGACAUCCGGAUCCAGAAAAUUGGCACAGAUUACAAAGCCUACAUGAGGACGUCAAUCUCAGGCAACUGGAAGUCAAACACAGGAACUGCCAUGCUUGAGCAGGUGGCCAUGACAGACAGGUAUAAACUGUGGGUGGACACAUGCUCUGAGAUAUUUGGAGGACUGGACAUCUGUGCAGUCAAAGCCAUUCAUGGCAAAGAUGGGAAAGACUACAUCACUGAGGUGGUGGGCUCAUCAAUGCCUCUAAUUGGGGAGCACCAGGCAGAAGAUAGGCAGCUCAUCUCAGAUAUGGUUGUGGCCAAAAUGAACGAGGCUUUGUCACAGAACAACCCCAAGAGACCAACUUCUAUUCAGCCACCACAGACUAAUACUCAGAAGGAAGGUGUCACCGAACUGAAAAAGACUCCAUCCCAGAAGGCUCCACCUCAAGGUUGUUUACAGUACAUUCUUGAUUGUAAUGGCGUUGCAGUAGGACCAAAACCUGUCCAGGCAAACUGA